CCGCGCGGCCGAGCGGGCGGCAGGCGGCGGGGAGGGCUCGGCGGCGGGAGGCUCGCGGCGGCCGGGCCGGCGGGGUCCGCCCGGGCCGGCAGCGUCCCCCGAGCGGCGGGAGGAGGGAGCGGCGCAGACAAAGAGCGGCGCCUGGGCGGGCGCUGAGCGGCCGCCGCCCCGGGACCCGCGCGGCUGCCCUCCGGCCUCGGCGGGCGGCCCAAGGCGAGAUUUCCUAUGUUCCUUUUAUACGAGUGAUUUCCCAGAUCAUAAUUCUCUGCUGAGAUUUGGGGUUUUUUUUCAAGAAUUUGGAGAAUCCCUACAGCUUUGUAACUUCAAGUGUGUCACCAGCUGGCAAUUUCACUUUUUGAGGCAUUCUGCAUUUGCCAGUCAUCUCUUACAACUGAGUGCCAAAGAAGGACUCCAUGAAAGAUGACAGAAGAAGUUAUUGUGAUAGCGAAGUGGGACUACACAGCCCAACAGGACCAGGAGCUGGACAUCAAGAAGAACGAGCGCCUAUGGCUGCUGGACGACUCCAAGACGUGGUGGCGGGUGAGGAAUGCGGCCAACCGGACGGGCUACGUGCCGUCCAACUAUGUGGAGAGGAAGAACAGCCUGAAGAAGGGCUCCCUGGUGAAGAACCUGAAGGACACGCUAGGCCUCGGCAAGACCAAGAGGAAGACGAGCGCGCGGGACGCGUCCCCGACGCCCAGCACGGAUGCCGAGUACCCUGCCAAUGGGGGCGGCGCCGACCGCAUCUAUGACCUCAACAUCCCUGCCUUUGUCAAGUUCGCCUACGUGGCGGAACGGGAGGACGAGCUGUCCCUGGUGAAGGGGUCGCGCGUCACCGUCAUGGAGAAGUGCAGCGACGGCUGGUGGCGAGGCAGCUACAAUGGGCAGAUCGGCUGGUUCCCCUCCAACUAUGUCCUAGAGGAGACGGACGAAGCGGCCGCUGAGUCCCCCAGCUUCCUGAGCCUGCGCAAAGGCGCCUCCAUGAGCAACGGCCAGGGCGCCCGGGUCCUGCAUGUGGUGCAGACGCUGUACCCCUUCAGCUCGGUCACCGAGGAGGAGCUCAAUUUUGAGAAGGGGGAGACCAUGGAGGUGAUUGAGAAGCCCGAGAACGACCCUGAGUGGUGGAAGUGCAAAAACGCCCGGGGGCAGGUCGGCCUGGUCCCCAAAAACUACGUAGUGGUCCUAAGCGACGGGCCCGCCCUGCACCCCUCGCACGCGCCGCAGAUAAGCUACGCGGGCCCCGCGUGCAGCGGGCGCUUCGCGGGCCGAGAGUGGUACUACGGGAACGUGACACGGCACCAGGCCGAGUGCGCCCUCAACGAGCGGGGCGUCGAGGGCGACUUCCUCAUUAGGGACAGCGAGUCUUCGCCCAGUGACUUCUCCGUGUCUCUGAAAGCGUCAGGGAAGAACAAACAUUUCAAGGUGCAGCUUGUGGACAAUGUCUACUGCAUCGGGCAGCGGCGGUUUCACACCAUGGACGAGUUGGUGGAACACUACAAAAAGGCGCCCAUCUUCACCAGUGAGCACGGGGAGAAGCUCUACCUCGUCCGAGCGCUGCAGUGACGCCCACGGCCCCUGCCACCUCCAGGCCCUCGGUGCCACACUCACCUUCCCGGAGCCGGGCGCGUGCGCCCCCGGAAGAGGCCGCGCUCACGGGCCCUCCUGCAGCGGGCUCUGCUCUGUCCGGUGGUUCAUCGGUCCUUGGCUUCCUUGGCCUCGUUUACCUUUGCGUGCAGGUCGGUCUGUUUUUCCGCUCGCCUCCCCUCUGCCAGGCCGGGCCGUGGCACCCACUUGCCGGCCUGCCCUCCUCCCGGCCAGGUUUCAAACGAGAGGUGCAAGAGGGGGCUGUUCGAUCACGGCUCUCCUGCUCAACUGAAAACAGCCUUAGUCUGUUCAGAUGGUUCGCGCUAACAGAAGCCCUCCUUAAACAGACAUCGGGCACGGUUUGAACGCACCGAAGCUGCCGUUAAGUGAACUACAGUACAACUCAGAAAGCGGGGCGGGCGCUCUUGCAGAGGGCCCCGGUCCUGGGCCUGGCAGCCGUGGCUCCAUGCCCUUUGCCCUUGCGUGGCUCCCAGACUGUCCAGGGAGUGGACACGCCUUGCUGGUAGCAAUACCAGAACCACCAGAUGAGAGAGUAGUGAGGAAAGUCCAGUGCCUUCGGGGCUAUGCUUGCAAUAAAAGAAUUUCCUUGAAAGUCAGUCUGCAGAAGCCAGACCUGUGACCCAGACAGACAGAUGCUGUGGUCAUUUACCCCCAGAUGUGCCAUCCGCCUAGUGCUUUUUCCUCUCGCCCUGCGGCUUGUUUAAAUUUCACAAUUAUGUAUUUAAUUCUCAAAGUAAUAUGUAUCCGUAGCCAUUUGUUGACACUAAUACAGAUGAUUAAGGAAAACAGCUGAUCUUUGGGGAAGGGGAGCUACCAUACACUUUAUAGACACACACACACACACACACACACACACCCCAUAUAUAUAUAUAUAUAUAAUAUAUAUAUAUAUUAUUUGCUUUACAGGGAAUUUUUCAGGGUUUACAAGAGAAUAUGUGAUUGGUAGUAAGAGACACAGAAUGUUUAUGAAGAAAUUGCAUUUUCUUUUUUCUUUACAUUUGAACUUCUUUAUAGUUUAAAUAUACAGUCUUGAGAUGGCACAUUCCUACAACAGAAGAAGGGGUCUUGAGACCUCCUAAACUUGCAUACUCAGUUUUUUGGAUAUUGUAAUAAAAAAAAAGUAUUAUGACAAGA